AUGGCAGGGUGCUCUGGGUGCAGCGCGCCCUCGGAGCCCGCCGCGCCGGCCCGCGGGCGCGGCGCCGGGCUCUCGGAGUGGCACGCGCGCCACAGCCGGCGGCCCGCGCGGCUGGCCCAGCUGCUCGCCGCGUGGCUGCGGGGCAGCCGCAGGGCUCGCGCCACGCGGCAGGUCGCCGCUGCGCUCGCGCGCGGGCGCACCGAGUCGGUGCUCAGGCUCAGCCUCGCCGCGUGGCGGCGCCUGUGUGCCGACGCCGCGAGCGGGCGGCGAGCCGACGCCUCCCAGCGCGAGGCACGCGCCAGGCUCUGCUCGCACCUCGACCGCCUGGCGCACCUCGGCGGUGGGCGGGGUGCCCGCCUGGCGUCGCUGUCUCAGGCCACGGCGGCGUGGCGCGGGCUGGCGCGGGAGCUGCGGGGCGCCCGCCGGCUGGCGCUCGCGCUGGGCGGCGCCAGCUUCACGCCCGGCAGGGUGACGCGCACGGCUCUGUGCGGCUGGUCUUCCAGUUCGAGAGAGAUGCUCGCGAGGGGCGUGCUCGUCGCCUGGUAUCGGCAACUCGCGAGCAGCUUCAACGCCAAGGCGACGUUGAAGGCCAUCGACGCGUUGAUUCCCAGAUCAGAGGAGAUGAUUGCGAGAGCCGCAUUCAUUGCUUGGCACCGGCUGCUGGCAAGCAACUGCAACGCCAAGUCGAUGUUGAGGGCCAUGGACAUUUUGGUUCCAAGGUCGGAGGAGAGCAUCGCAAGGGAAAUCGUUGCCGCUUGGUACCAGCAGUUGAAGAGCAGUUACAACACCAAGAUGAUAUUGAAGGUCAUCGCCGCGUGGCCUCCCCAGUCAGAGCGGAGGAUUGUGAGGGACGCGUUCGUCGUUUGGCGUCAGUUGUUUGCAAGCGAUUUCAACGCCAAGUCGAUGUUGAGGGCCAUCGACACGUGGGUUCCCACCUCAGAGGAGAGGAUUGCGAAGGAAGCCUUCUUCGCCUGGAAACAGCAGAUGAAGAGCAGCCUUAACGCCGAGUUGAUGUUGAGGGUCAUCGACACGUGGGCUCCCAGUUCCAGGGAGAGGAGUGCGAGGGACGCCUUUGUUGCUUGGUACCGUCUGGUCACGAGCAAGUUCAACGCCAUAGCGUUGUUGAAGAAGGCCAUGGCCCCUUGGGCCCUCAGAUCAGAACAGAGUGUCGCGAGGGCUGCGUUCGUUGCUUGGUACCAGCUGCUGACGAGCAGCUUCAACGCCAAGUUGAUUUCGAAGGCCAUCGAGACGAGGGUUCCCUGGUCAGACCAACUCGCUAUGAGGACCGCAUUUGUUGCUUGGUACCGUCUUCUCGCGAGCAGCUUCAACACCAAGCUGAUGUUGAAGGCCAUGGACACGUUGGCUCCCAGAUCAGAGGAGGAACUUGCGAGGGCCGCGUUCGUUGCUUGGUACUGGCUGUUCGCGAGCAGCUUCAAAGCCAAGCUGGUGUUGAAGUCCAUUACCGACAUGUGGGCUCCGAGAUCAGAGAAGAGGACGACCAAGGCUGCAUUCGUCGCGUGGAACAAACUGCUUGCGAGCAGCUUCAAUGCCAAGGUGAUGUUGAAGGCCAUGGAUGCCUGGGCUCCGAGAUUCGAUCAUAGGAUUGCGAUGGGCGCCUUCGUUGCUUGGCACCGGCUGCUGGCGAGCAGCAUCAACGCAAAUGCGAUGUUGAAGGCCAUGGACGCUUGGUCUCCCAGAUUUGAGCAGAGGAUUACGAGGGGCGCCUUCGUUGCUUGGCACCGGCUGCUGGCGAGCAGUAUCAACGCAAAUGCGAUGCUGAAGGCCAUGGAUGCUUGGGCUCCGAGAUUUGAGCGGAGGAUUGCGAGGGACGCCUUCGUUGCUUGGCACCGGCUGCUGUCGAGCAGCAUCAAUGCGAUUGCGAUGUUGAAGACUAUGGACGCCUGGGCUCCCAGAUUUGAGCAGAGGAUUGCGAGGGGCGCCUUCGUUGCUUGGCACCGUCUUCUGGCGAGCAGCAUCAACGCAAAUGCGAUGCUGAAGGCCAUGGAUGCUUGGGCUCCCAGAUUUGAGCAGAGGAUUGCAAGGGGCGCCUUCGUUGCUUGGCACCGGCUGCUGGCGAACAGCAUCAACGCAAAUGCGAUGUUGAAGGCCUUGGAUUCCUGGGCUCCCAGAUUUGAGCGGAGGAUUGGAAGGGGCGCCUUCGUUGCUUGGCACCGGCUGCUGGCGAGCCCGUGGGCUCCCAGAUUUGAGCAGAGGAUUGCAAGGGGCGCCUUCGUUGCUUGGCACCGGCUGCUGGCGAGCCGCAUCAACGCAAAUGCGAUGUUGAAGGCCAUGGAUGCGUGGGCUCCCAGAUUUGAUCAGAGGAUUACGAGGGGCGCCUUCGUUGCUUGGCACCGGCUGCUGGCGAGCAGCAUCAACGCAAAUGCGAUGUUGAAGGCCAUGGAUUCCUGGGCUCCCAGAUUUGAGCGGAGGAUUGCGAGGGACGCCCUCGUUGCUUGGCACCGGCUGCUGGCGAGCAGAAUCAAUGCGAUUGCGAUGUUGAAGGCCAUGGACGCGUGGGCUCCCAGAUUUGAGCAGAGGAUUGCGAGGAGCAUUUUCGUUGCCUGGCACCAGCUGGUCGCGAACAGUCACAACAUUGACGCGGUGUUGAAGGCCCUGGACGCGCGGGCUCCGAGAUCAGCGGGGAUCAAUGCGAGGGGCGUGUUCGUGGCUUGGUCCGGGUUGCGCCCGAAGGCGUUGACCAUUCAGGCUGUACGGCAGAGGACCAGGUCGCAGCGCAUGCUGACGAAGCACCGCGCGUUCGCGGAGUGGCACCGCCGGAGCCGCUCGUGCACAGCGGCCAGCCACUUGGUGGACCAGGCCGAGGCCGUGGCCGAAGCGUUGAUGCUGGCGCAGGCGCCGCCUUGCGAGGCGGCCCCCGCCGUCUGCCCGGCCCCCGAGCUGGUGCAGGCCCUGGCCGAGCCUGAGACGGACCCGCUCGGCGCCCUCUUGGCGGCGGCCCCUGGCGUGCUGGUGGCGCUGCUGCUGGAGGGGCUGGAGUGGUGGAGGCUGCUGUCGCCGGGACAGCGGCUCGUCGUAAGAUAUAGUGACGAUCAGGUGGAUCACGAGCGCGUGCUCCUUUACCCGAGCUUGCCGCCGGGCACCUGGGCCGCGCUGACACCUGACGGCGACGAGUACGAGGAGGACUACACGGGCGCGAGCCCGGAGACUGGGCCCGAGGGCGCAGCCCUGAUGCCAGCAGGCGGAGGCGCGCCCGAGGGCUGGCCGCGGCCGAUCUACCGCUUCCGGGCGCCCCUCUCGGUGGAGGAGCUCAAGGCGGCGAUCAUGCGGGGUCGCGCGCUGGUGGAGGAGCGUCUGCCGGGGAUCGCGCCUGGGCCGCCUGCUGAGGUGGCGUGCCCGGACGACAGGCUGGUGGAGUGGGCGGACUUCUUCGGCGAGGUGAGGCGGCCCGCGCUGCGACGGCAGCGAGGGAAGCAGCCCGCGGCCCCGCUGGAGGACGACCGCGUCUGGGUGGUGGCCGAGCCCACGGAGAGCGCGGCGGUGGGCACCGCCGUGGAUCGCUCCGAUGACCGCUUCGUGCCGGCGACCGCGCUGGUGGGCCUCUUCGCGUUCCCUGAGGGCCCCCGCCGCGUAGAGGCCCUGCUAGCGGGGGACCUCCCGGGCUAUGCGGCGAGGCGGCGGCACGAGAUGGGCCUCAGCGACUUCCCCGCCGCCGAGCCCGACCGAGAGGGAGCCGCCCCCGCCGGGAUGGCAGACCUCCGCGAGCGCCUGGGCCGCCCUGCGGGCGCCGGAGGUGCUGGCAAGCCAGACGAGGUCGGCGGCACGGUGAAUCUAGGCGGCCUGAUGUGCCUGGAGACGGCGGCGAGGAGGAUCGCAGGGCUGGUGGCGGUGUACUCCGACCCGGCCAAGCCUGCGCGGGGCCGCGCCCGCCUGUGCACCGGCGCCGCGUCCUCGGACGACAUCGCGGGCCAGGCCCUGCUGCAGUUCGCUACCAGGAAGAUCAUGGAGCAGCAGGAGGCCCAGGCGGUGCUCUCGCACGGCAAGGGCCCGCAGCGCGCCGAGGGCGACGGCACCAACGACGAGGGCGGCAAGGGGGUGACGCGGGGUCGGCUUGCCGCCUCGCGCUGUGCCAGGGAGCUCUUCCCGCUGCCUCGCUGGCGCCUGCCUGAGCUGCCCGUGGCCGGCCCCAUUCGGAGUAUGGCCCUGCGGCGGCGCGAGAGGCUGGUGUUCAAGAUGGGUAACGAGGCGGUGGAUGCUUUGAACUGGCUUGCUGGGUUUCGGAACGGACCGACCUACUUCGAUCCCGACCCGAUGCAGCUUGAAGUUUUGGAACGGAUCUGCGAGUUAGCCUCACGGCGGCACCCAGGUCCUGACGCCCUCAGCGAACGCGCGGCCGUCCGACGGCUGCUGCGAGGGCACACACCGUACGACGGGACGGGGUGCCUCACCCGUGUCGCGCCUUUCAGAAAGGGCCUUGUCUCGUUACCCGAGACAGUGGAGGGCUGCCCGCCGUUUGAGGACGUGGCCCCUCCAGAGGUCCAGCGAUUCCUGAAGGGGCAUCCCGAGCGCAUGCUGCGCGCUGACAGUCCCUCCUCUACCGUGACACCUUACUUCGACCCCGCGCUGAAGCGCAGCGUGAAGACCUACAGACAGUUCAUCAGCGACCUGCGCCGACGCGGCUUGGACGGAGGUCAGCGGCUCGAGCUCAUCCUCGACGCCAGGCCCGCGAACCUUCUAUUCGAGCCGCCGCCAGGCGUCAGCCUCUUGAGUACGGAGGGCCUCAGCCGAGUCGAGAUCGCCCUGCCGGAUGGCCUGGGCCCCUGGAGCGAGGAGGCGGAGCGGCUCCUUGGCAGCUACUCCCUGCACGUGGGCCUGGCCGACGUGAAGGACUGCUUCCACAGGUUGCGACUUCCUGGGUGGCUCUCCGAGUAUUUCUGCCUUCCCGUCGUGCCAGCGCACCUGCUUGACGCGGAGGGCCAGAUCUGGGAGGGCAGGACACUGGAGAGGCACGAUAUGGUGAGUCCGUGCUGGGCCGUCUUCCCCAUGGGCUUCACGUGGAACUUGUGGGCUGCCCAGCGGAUCAACGAGUACCAGGCGAGCUCUAUCUGCCCGCAGCUGCGUGAGAGCCCCCUGACCGACCGCGGCAGGCCCCCCGUCUUCGGUCCCAGCGUCCCCAGAGGCCACGUCUCGCACUAUGUGUACGUCCUCAACCUGGGCGUGGCCUCCACCGACGAGCCCAUCGUCACCGACGCGAUCGCGCAGCUGAUUGAGGGCUUCGACCAGCGCGGCCUCCUCCUUCACGGCAACUCCGUGGGCACCGAGGUCGAGACGCUGGGCACCGAGGUCUCGGGGGCCCUCUGGAAGACGAGGGUGACGCAGAAGAGGUUCUGGCUCAUUCGGCAGGCCCUGAACGGCCUCCUGCGACGCCGCCGCCUCACUGGCUGGGCGGUCGAGGUCUUGGUGGGCCACUGCACGUUUGCGGGAUUGCUGAGCAGAGGUACGUUGAGCGUAUUUCAUACAGUCUACGAUUUCAUGCGGAAGUCUCAUGCCGAGCCGCGGGCGCUGUGGCCCGAAGCCCGCCAGGAGCUCGAGGCGUUCCGAGGCCUCCUCAUCUUCCUGGAGAGUGACUGGACGCUGCAGUGGAACGACCUGGUGGCGGCGACCGACAGCAGCCUGGAGGCAGGAGCGGUCUCGACCACCCAUUGGCCCCGAUCGCUGGUGGCCGAGGUGGGCCGCGCGCAGGAACGCACCCGCUUCCGGGAGCCCGCGGCGGUCGAGACCGACGGGGCUGACGGGGGCGCUCCUGCUGCCCGCCGCGGCGCGCGGGAGGCGGCGCUGGAGGCGGCUGGCUUCUGGCGCGACGCCGAUGGAGAGUGGCGGCUGGCCGAGGGCGUGAACGACGACGACGAGCUGGCCGCCGCGUGGGAGGCAGGCCCGUCCUUCCCCGAGGUGCCCGCUGCGGGCUUGGCGAGCAGCCGCUGGCGCACCAAGCAGGUGCAGCGCUGGCGAUUCGAUGGGGGGGGCAUCCUUAUCAAGGAGGCCCGAGCGCUGGUGAUGGGCGUCCGUCGCAUCGCCCAGUCUGUGCUCGGUGCCGCCUGCCGUCAACUGAUCUUGUCGGAUAACAUGCUCACCGCGGCCCAGAGAGCGCAGGACUGGCUGGCCAGGCUGAGCUUGGCCGAGCUGCCGCCAGCGCCCAGGCUGCCCGAGCACGAACGCGACCUCCAAGCCCUCCCCCAGGGCUGGUCGCGCCCGAUCGUGGCCGACAGCGACGACGGCAGCAGCACCUCCGACGAUCAGCAGGUCGCGCCAGCCGGCGAGAGGCGCGAGAAGGAGCUGCUGAGGAGGGCAACUCGGAGGCGACGUGCGUACGGCGCGGAGGCGGCGCUGGACAGCACGGCGGUGGAGGGCCAGACGUUCCUGGAGAGGCGGUCGGUGUUCGGGCCUGCGAGGGACCGCUACACUCAAGAGCUGGAAGCCUUCCUGGAUUAUUGCGAUCGGGGCCCGCAGCGGGCCUUGACCACCGCCUCAGAGGUGGACGAGGCGAUGGUCGACUACAUGAACCAUCUGUUCUUCGAAGGCCACGAGAGCGCCAAGGGCGAUCAGGUGAUGGCAGGCCUCAUGCACAGGUUCCCGGAGUUUUCAAAGCAGGGCGAGCGUAAGUACAUUUUAGACUUGUUCUCGGACUCGAACUCGAUAGGCAAAGCUGCUUUGAAGCGGGGUUUCAACUACCAUGGUUUUGACAGCCUCAACGGGCCUCCGAAGGGCCGCAUGUGA